GGUAGAGGGGGCUACAGAAGUGAAGGUAGAUUUGGCGACAGUCAAGCUCCUCACAGUAAGUCUGAUAGAAAUUACGAGAACAGUAUUUUUGUUGGUAACUUACCAUUCGACUGUGAUUGGAGCCAAUUGAAGGACCAUUUUCAAGGUGUUGGUAAUGUUAUUCGUGCUGAUAUCGUUACACAAAAUGGUCGCCCUCGUGGUAUGGGUACUGUCGAAUUUUCAUCCAAAGCAGAAGUUGAAAGAGCCAUUAGCCAAUUUGAUCAUACUCCAUUUUUAGACCGUGACAUUUUCGUCAGACAAGAUAAUCCACCGCCAUCAUCGAAUGGAAGAAGAGAUAGAUACUCUGAUAGAGGUUAUGGUAGAGAUUUUGGUGGAAGAGAUGAUAGACCUCAACAUAAAGGUUAUGAAGUUUUUGUUGCAAAUUUACCUUUCUCAAUCAACUGGCAAGCUUUGAAAGAUAUCUUCAGAGAAUGUGGUACUAUAAUUCAUGCUGAUGUCAGACUAGACAAUUAUGGUAGAUCAAGAGGGUUUGGUAUUGUUUCUUUUGAAAAUAAGGAAGAUGUUGAUAAUGCUAUUAAGAGAUUUAAUGGUUAUGAAGUUGAAGGAAGAGCACUUGAUGUCCAUGAAGGUAAGAACAAUGCAGCUCUAAAUGAAGGCUCUAGCUUCACCGAACGCCCAUCUUCUGUUGUUAACUCUCAAUUUACUGAAGGCGUAGUGGGAAAUGGUGAAAGAAAUGGAACCAUUUUUGUUGAGAACCUACCAUUUGCAACGUCUAACCAAGAUUUAUUGGACUUGUUUGACACCGUUGCUCAAGUUGAUACCGCUGAAAUCAAAUUUGAUUCUACUGGAAGACCUUCAGGCUCAGCAGUUGUUAAAUUUGGAAACGAAGAAUCCGCUGAAGCUGCUAUUGAAAAGCUGAACGGUUAUACCUACGGGGGACGUGAACUUAACAUCACAUUUGCUAAAUUACCAUGA